ACCAUAUCUGGGGCACUAGCGGAGUCGUUACUGCUCUCAGAAUUCCAGUCAUGGAGGUUUUCAACAAAUCCAAGGCCGUGAAGCUCCGAAGCCACCUAGACAAGUACCUCUGCGCCGACGAUGAUCAAAAGACGGUACGUCAGAGGCGCAACGGCUCGUCGCGCAGAGCCGCAUGGUUCGUAGAGUUCGUCGAAGGGAAAAGCCACGCGAUACGCUUGAGGAGCUACCACGGAACGUACCUCACCGCCGCGGACGAGGGAUUUCUUCUGGGCAUGACCGGGCAGAGGGUGAUUCAGAAGGUGCCGGAGAAAGGCCACUUCUGGAAGUGCGAGUGGGUGCCGAUAAAGGACGGGUUCCAGGUGAAGCUGAGGAGCUGGUCCGGCAAAUACCUCCGCGCCAACGGAGGGACUCCGCCGUGGAGGAACUCGGUCACGCACGACGACCCGCACACCACGUCCACGCAGAACUGGACCCUCUGGGAUGUGCAGGCGGUGGAGGUCGACUCGAUUACGGAGUUCAUGUUGUAUCUGUCGAGCUCAUCUUCUCUGUCCGAUGAGGUUUUGGGGUCGGAACCGGAGUCCCCCAUGUCCGUUAUCUCCACCACGUCCCCGACGCCGUUUUAUUCAAAUCAGGCGCAGAGCGAGUAUUCCAACAUAUUCCGGUCUGGAAUGGAUCUCUUCCAAAACGCCAAGGCGGUGCGCCUUCGUAGCCACCACGACAAGUACCUCUUGGCCGAGGAGGACGAGGAGUCCGUGAUCCAAGAUCGAUAUGGAUCGUCCAAGACCGCCCGCUGGACUGUCGAGUUCGUGCCGGAUUCACAUCACAUCAUCCGCCUUAAGAGCUGCUACAACAGGUACCUCACCGCCUCCAACCAACCCUUCUUGCUCGGAAUGACUGGUCGCAAGGUCGUCCAGUCUCUGCCCCGGAGGCCCGACUCCUCCGUCGAGUGGGAGCCCAUCAGAGAAGGGAACCAGGUCAAGCUCAGGACCCGUUACGGAAACUUCUUGAGGGCCAAUGGCGGCUUGCCACCUUGGCGGAACUCCGUGACCCAUGAUAUUCCUCACAGGACGUCCACCCAAGAUUGGAUACUUUGGGAUGUUGAUAUCAUCGAGAUUCUGGUUCAGUCUCCGUCUUUUAAAUCUCAGCCUCCUCUGCCACUUCCACCUUCCGACUCUCUGCAUUUCGAUGAUUCGAGCUCACCAUCUUCGGUUUCCAUCAAAUCCGGGAAAUUUUCGAGACAAGAGUCUACAGAUUCUAAUGUGAGUUCGCCACCCAAGUCGGAAGGGAGGACUAUAUAUUACCAAGUGGCCGCUGAUAAUGGUGAUGUGGACGACGAAACAGUGGAGGGAUAUUCUUUUACUUUUAAGGGGAAUGGCGUUGAUGAAUUGACUCAUAAAUUCGUGGAAGAGACGGGAUUAGAGGGUAUCAUCCUGUGUCAUCGCAAUCCCUUGAAUGGAAAACUAUAUCCCCUUCGCUUGCAGCUUCCUCCAAACAACACGACUAUGAAUGUCAUAGUCGUUCUGUCUUCGUCAAAAGCGGCAAAGGACUUUGCACAACAAGGUUUAUAAGUAGGAGGGAUCAUCAAUUUUGCUCAAAAUAUCAACAAACAACUGUUGUGUACUUUCUAAGGGAGACAUGUUCGUGUUCGAAUGCCACCUCAAAGCAUCAUGAAAUUAACCCUAUCAGGUAGCCUAUUUACCUGUUGUGUUCAUACACAGAAUCUACUAUGCAAACGAAUGGAGAGAAGUAAAAGCAAAUGUGGAUAUUUUCUCCAUCUAAUAACGUCUCUAUUUGGUUCUUCUUGGCAGCAAUUUUGAUGAUACUUGUCUUAUAUGUAGGAACUUCUGCACACUUUCUGCGUUUUGUAUUCUGCUUCCAUUUUGUUUUCAAUUAGAAGAUGCCUCCAUCUAAAUAGAAGAUAUAUGAGUUGGGAAAUUUUUAUUUCCAA